CUCGGUGUUUUGUGUCGCUAACUCCGGAGCGAAAGAGGCACGAUGCCGGCGGGGCCGGUGCAGGCGAUGGCGCCUGCCCAGCCAGCGCCCCCUGAAGCGAAGCAGCCAGAAGAUGAACCCAAAGAAGAAGCAACGCCCGCCAAGCCCGUUGUGGGGAUUAUUUACCCUCCGCCAGAGGUUCGAAAUAUUGUGGACAAGACAGCCAGUUUCGUGGCCAGGAAUGGUCCUGAAUUUGAAGCCCGUAUCCGCCAAAAUGAAAUAAAUAACCCCAAAUUCAACUUCUUGAACCCCAACGAUCCUUACCAUGCCUACUACCGACACAAAGUCAAUGAGUUCAAGGAAGGGAAGGCUCAGGAGCCCUCGGCUGCCAUUCCGAAGGUCAUGCAGGCUCAGCAGAGUGCACAGCAGCAGCUUCCCCAGAAGGUUCAGGCCCAGGUGAUUCAGGAAACGGUUGUUCCAAAGGAGCCCCCUCCGGAGUUUGAGUUCAUUGCAGACCCCCCCUCGAUCUCUGCUUUUGACUUGGACGUGGUAAAGCUGACAGCCCAGUUCGUUGCUCGGAAUGGCAGGCAGUUCCUCACGCAGCUGAUGCAGAAAGAGCAGAGGAACUACCAGUUUGACUUUCUGCGCCCACAGCACAGCCUCUUCAACUACUUCACCAAACUGGUGGAGCAGUACACAAAGAUCUUGAUUCCACCGAAAGGCCUAAUUAUAAAACUGAAGAAGGAGGCAGAAAACCCCAAAGAAGUCUUGGAUCAGGCAUGCUACAGAGUGGAGUGGGCCAAGUUUCAGGAGCGAGAGCGGAAGAAGGAAGAGGAGGAAAAGGAGCGGGAGCGGGUGGCUUAUGCCCAGAUUGAUUGGCACGAUUUUGUGGUGGUGGAAACUGUGGACUUCCAGCCCUCUGAGCAAGGGAACUUCCCCCCUCCAACCACUCCUGAGGAGCUGGGUGCUCGAAUUCUGAUCCAGGAGCGCUAUGAGAAGUUUGGCGAAAGUGAAGAAGUAGAAAUGGAGGUGGAGUCAGACGAUGAAGACGAGAAGCAGGAAAAGACGGAGGAAACCCCCUCCCAGUUAGACCAGGAUACCCAAGUGCAGGACAUGGAUGAAGGCUCUGAUGAUGAAGAUGAGAGCCAAAAAGUUCCACCUCCUCCAGAAACUCCAAUGCCACCCCCUCUUCCUCCUACUCCGGAUCAGGUCAUUGUCAGGAAAGAUUACGAUCCCAAAGCUUCUAAGCCUUUGCCACCAACCCCAGCCCCAGAUGAAUAUCUUGUUUCCCCCAUCACUGGGGAGAAAAUCCCUGCCAGCAAAAUGCAAGAGCACAUGCGAAUUGGCCUUCUGGAUCCCCGCUGGCUAGAGCAAAGGGAUCGCUCUCUCCGGGAGAAGCAGACGGAUGAUGAAGUUUAUGCCCCAGGCUUGGAUAUCGAAAGCAGCUUGAAACAGCUGGCUGAGCGCCGUACUGAUAUCUUCGGUGUGGAAGAGACGGCCAUCGGCAAGAAAAUCGGGGAAGAGGAGAUCCAGAAGCCGGAGGAAAAGGUGACCUGGGACGGCCACUCGGGCAGCAUGGCCCGCACCCAGCAGGCGGCUCAGGCCAACAUCACCCUGCAAGAGCAAAUUGAGGCUAUCCAUAAGGCCAAGGGGCUGGUGCCAGAGGACGACAGCAAGGAGAAGAUUGGUCCGAGCAAACCCAACGAGAUGCCCCAGCCGCCGCCUCCUUCGUCAGCCCCGAACAUGCUGACCAACGCGCCACCCAUCGCGUCUGUGCCCCGGCCUCCCUCGAUGCCCCCUCCCGUUCGUACAACCGUUGUCAGUGCUGUCCCUGUCAUGCCUCGUCCCCCCAUGACUUCUGUGGUCCGUCUGCCGCCGGGCUCCGUCAUCGCAGCUCCCAUGCCGCCAAUCAUACACGCCCCUCGGAUCAACGUCGUUCCAAUGCCGCCCUCGGCUCCGCCAAUGAUGGCUCCACGGCCCCCUCCCAUGAUUGUGCCGACAGGAUACAGACAGGGACCAGUCAGCAAUCCAGCAUUUGUUCCAGCUCCUCCUGUAGCCCAAGUCAGUGCUCCAGCCCCUAUGCCUCCUGUUCACCCUCCACCUCCCAUGGACGACGAGCCAGCCUCUAAGAAAUUGAAGUCGGAAGACAGCCUCAUGCCAGAGGAAGAGUUCCUGCGCAGAAACAAGGGUCCAGUCACAGUCAAAGUCCAAGUUCCCAACAUGCAGGACAAGACGGAAUGGAAGUUGAAUGGCCAGGUGCUGGUGUUCACCCUCCCACUCCCUGACCAGGUGUCUGUUAUUAAGGUGAAGAUUCAUGAGGCCACCGGAAUGCCUGCCGGGAAACAAAAGCUCCAGUAUGAGGGCAUCUUCAUCAAGGAUUCCAACUCUCUGGCUUACUACAAUAUGACAAGCGGGUCAGUGAUCCACUUGGCGCUCAAAGAAAGAGGAGGCCGGAAGAAGUGAAAGCCCUUUGGCUGUCAUGCGCAGUGAUGCAAGACCCGCUGCAAGAACCCACCAGCUCCUGAGCAGCUUCAGCACGGGGUUUUCACUGGUGCUGCUCUUUGGACGUUUGCUCGUAUCCCGUAGUCUCAGAAAGUUGCCCUUGCAGUCGCUGUAGAAACUUUGAACUGAUUGCAUGUUGAUUUCAGCAGCUCGUGUUAUACUCAUAACGCCACUAGCGCGAUGCCUUUGCUAGCCUUCUUUUCAGCGCUCCCCUGUUUAAUUUCCUGUAGCAGCGUUUUUUCCUUCGCGGCUGAGUUCCUGUCUCACUUGGAUCUCGCUCAGCCGUGUUCCAGCUGUUGGAGAAGCUCGCUGGCAUACGAAGAAUUUUACCUGUUGAAUGGAACAUUUCAGUUAACUUCCUUGUCACAAAUAACUUUCACUAGUGUAAUAAAAUCAUUCAUGAUUUUUCCAUG